GCGAGCAUGGACUCUUUCAGCGAACAAGAAGGGGUUAGACUUUUACAAAAAUAUGCAUUUUCUUUCCUUACAUCACAGGCUAUGUUUGCUGCCUGUGAUUUGAAACUUUUUGAUGUUUUGGCUGAGUCUGAGGAGCCUCUGUCAGCAGCAGCCAUAGCGGAGAGUUUAGGAACAAGCAGCAGAGGAACGGACUGCUUACUUGAUGUCUGUGUGGGAUUAAAGCUUCUAGACCUGGAUAUCCAAAAUGGAGAAGUGCUUUACAAGAACACGGUACUCUCAGAAAAUUACCUCACAACCACCAGUUCUAAGUCUGUUUGUGACGCAUUUAAGUUUUACACAAAUGACGUUUACCCAGCAGCUGCCCAUCUGAAAGAUGUUAUCAAGCUGGGAAAUCCACUAUGCCACGUUCAAUCUGGACUGCCACCAAACGAGUUUUUCAAAGAUAUAUACAGAUCAGAAGAAAAUAUCAAGAUAUUUUUAAAAUUAAUGGAUUUCGGGUGGACUUCCUUUGCCAAGAAAGCUGUUUUUUCUGCUUUUGAGCUUUCAUCUUUCAAAACGAUUUGUGAUUUAGGAGGAGGCUCAGGAACUCUGGCUAAGUAUUGUGCAUCUUUAUUUCCAUCAUCUUCUAUCAUUCUUUAUGAUCUACCUGAGGUUAUCCAAGCUACCAUGGAGAAUUUUGUUUCACCAGAGGAUGAUCGCAUUAUUUUCCAAAAAGGAAACUUCUUCUCAGACCCUCUUCCAAAUGCCGAGCUUUUCAUAGUUUCUCGUGUACUUCAUGAUUGGGAUGAGGAAUCAUGUUUGAAACUACUCGGCAAAAUGUAUAUGGCUUGUAAUCCAGGAGGAGGUGUGCUUGUAAUUGAAACUAUCCUAAAUGAAGAUAAAACAGCAUCCUUGAUGUCUCACCUACAAAAUAUUGCAAUUCUUCUGCUUACUGAAGGGAAAGAAAGAACUGCUUCUGAAUACAAAAGAUUGCUUGAAACUGCUGGAUUUAAAAAUAUCCAGUUCUGUACUAAUGGAGACCUAAUGGAAGGCAUUCUUGCCAGAAAGUAAAAGUUUCCAAUGUAAUGGAUAUACUGCAUUGUUAUGCUUUGCGGCACACAAUACAUUACAAUACAGUAUGGCACCACCUGGUAUUUGUAGUUGAAAAUUAACAUUUAUUAAUAAGCUUUAUUUGUUGCUGGGAACGUUGCUGCAAACUUCUAGCAUGCAAGCCUGUGGGUUUUCUUAUUUUAUAAUGUAAUAUUUUUGCCAAAAAUAAUAAAUUGACACAACAAAUGCUAUCACA